UUUUUUAAAAUGAAAUUCUUCAUUUGUUUUACAUUUUUGCUUCUUCUAAUUGGAAGUUUUUUAAUUGAUGCUCAAUUCAUUUCCAAUGCUGAAAAACAAUCGGGAACACCAACAAUAUAUGCUUCACAUAAAGAACAUGUUGGUAAUUGGAAUCCAGUUAGACGAAGGCGUAAUUUCCUUUCUCAAUCACAACCUGCCAGUAAGACACCUCCAAGUUACGCUACCCACAGUGAAGCUGUUGGAAAUUGGAAUCCAAAAUAA